AUCUCGUUAUUUAUCAACUGCGUCACGAUCAAUUUGAGGAGGCGUACGAGUUGAUCAAAGAUCUUGAGCCUGUUUCUACGCCUGAGUACAUUCUAAAAGGCGUCGUGAAUGCCUUAAUUGGACAAAAACUUGACUCGGAGGAGCAUCUGAAGAUUACGCGGGAGUAUUUCAAUCUCAUAGGCACUGCUCAGUCUGAGUGCGACACCAUUCCCGGGCGACAGUGCAUGGCCUCAUACUUCUUUUUGCUCCGUGACUUUCCAAAUGUUCUUCUUUACUUACGCUCCAUCAAACCCUACUUUUUAAACGAUGAUACAUUCCUAUAUCUGUAUGGCAUUGCCUGUGCGGGGACCGGGAAUUUCUCGGAAGCGGAAGAAUCCCUCACGGCGGUUCGCUCCGAAAAAAUUAGGGCGGAAUUCAGCUACACAAGUUGGCUAAUGCGAUCUCACAUCAUGAACAAUCAUGCAAAGCGGGCAUGGGAUAUUUAUCUGAAAAUGGAGACAAGCGCCGAAUCCUUUAAUGUCUUGCAGCUCAUGGCAAAUGACUGUUAUAAGGUUUGUGCGUUUUACUAUGCUGCCAAGGCAUUUGACGUUCUCGAACGCCUUGACAAUGCCCCUGAGUACGUUGAGGGUAAAAAAGGAGCUUGCAUUGGUGUCUUUCAACAGGUUUUUGCGAAUCAAGAGCCUGUGGACUCGCUCUUUGAUGUUGUGAAGAUGUUGGAGUCAAGUGUGCAACAGCACGCCAGCGAGCCACAGGUUUCGCAGCAGUUUGAAAGCAUACUGAAGGUGAUGAAGGAUUGGCUCAAGGAGAGCAAACUCAAGCGCAAGUAG